UCCUUCCCUUUGCAUUUAGCUUUCACCAUCAACAGCAUCCACAUGAGGAGCCUGCCCGACUGGACAGUGCAAAACGGGCAGAACCUGACCCUGCAGUGCGUCGUGGAUGUCAGCACCACCUCACACGUCACGCCCCAGCACCUGGUGCUGUUCUAUAAGGACGAUGUGCUGUUUCACAACGUCUCCUCCAUGGAGAGCACGGAGAGUUUUUUUAUUCCCCAAGCCCGGGUCUAUGACUCGGGGACUUACAAAUGCACUGUGAUUCUGAACAACAAGGAGAAAACCUCUCAAGAGUACCAGGUGUCGGUGAAAGGAGUGCCCAAUCCCAGGGUGACGCUGGACAAAAGGGAGGCCAUAGAAGGCGGGGUCGUGAUGGUCAAUUGUUCUGUCCUGGAGGAAAAGGCCCCAAUACAUUUCACAAUUGAAAAACUUGAACUAGAUACAAAAAUUGUCAAGCACAGAAGAGAGAAGACUUCUCGGGACCAGAAUUUUGUGAUGCUGGAAUUUCCCGUUGAGGAACAGGACCAUGUUUUAAUAUUCCGAUGUCAAGCGAGGAUCAUUUCUGGGAUCCACAUGGAGAUCUCAGAAUCCACCAGGAGUGAACUGGUCACCGUGAGGGAAUCCUUCUCUGUUCCCAAGUUCGAAGUCAUCCCCACCGGAAUGAUCACAGAAGGAGAUCAGCUCCACAUUAGGUGCACCAUUCAAGUGACACACCUGAUUCAGGAGUUUCCAGAAAUCAUAAUCCAGAAAGACAAGGUGAUUGUGGCCAACAGCAAAAACAGCAAAGCGGCCACCUACUCAGUCAUGGCCAUGGUGGAGCACAACGGCAACUACACGUGCAAAGUGGAGUCCAGCCGCAUAUCCAAGGUCAGCAGCAUCGUGGUCAACAUAACAGAACUGUUUCCCAAGCCGAAGCUGGAAUUUUCCUCCGCACGUCUGGACCAAGGUGAGAGCUUGAACCUGUCAUGCUUCAUCCCAGGAGCACCCGUAGCCAACUUCACCCUCCAGAAGGGAGACAUGAUUGUGUCACAGGCUCAAAAUUUCACCAAGAUAGCCUCGGAGUGGGACAGCGGGACAUACACCUGCACUGCUGCCAUCGGCAAAGUAGUCAAGAAAAGCAACACAGUCCAGAUAUCCGUGUGUGAAAAUCUCUCCAAGCCGAGGAUUUCUCACGAUGCCCAGUCUGAAGUCAUAAAAGGACAGACCAUAGAAGUCAGUUGCCAAUCGAUAAAUGGAACUUGGCCUAUUGCUUAUCAGCUUUUAAAAGGAAAUAGAGUUUUGGAGAGUUGUACAAAGAACUCCAAUGAUCCUGCCGUCUUCAAAGAUAAGCCAACCAAGGACAUGGAAUACCAGUGUGUCGCCGAUAAUUGCCAUUCCCACGCCAAAAUGUUCAGCGAGGUCCUGAGGGUCAAGGUGAUAGCCCCAGUGAGCGAGGUCAAGCUUUCCAUCCUGUUGAGUGAGGCGGUGGAGUCUGGGAAGGAAAUCGUGCUUCGAUGUUCCGUGAAGGAAGGGUCUGGUCCCAUCACCUAUAGGUUUUACAGAGAAAAGGAGGGCAAACCCUUCCACCAAAGGACCUCAAAUGACACCCAGGUAUUUUGGAGCGAACCGCAGGCUAGCAAAGAGCAGGAGGGACAGUAUUACUGCACGGCCUUCAACAGAGCCAACGCCGCCGAAAACACCCCUCACAGCAACUUACUGCCGGUCAGAGUUUUUCUCUCCCCAUGGAAGAAAGGACUUAUUGCAGUGAUUGCCAUCGGAGUGAUAAUCGCCACCUUGAUAGUUGGGGCCAAAUGCUAUUUUCUGAGGAAAGCCAAGGCCAAGCAGAUGCCAGUGGAGAUGUCCAGGCCAGCAGUACCACUUCUGAACUCUAAUAACGAGAAGGCGUCAGAUCCCAAUGUGGAAGCCAACAGUCAUUAUGGUUACGAUGAUGUUGGAAACCAUGCAAUGAAACCAAUAAAUGAUAAUAAAGAGCCUCUGAACUUGGACGUGGAGUACACAGAAGUGGAAGUGUCCUCAGCUGAGCCUCACAGAGCUCUGGGAACGAAGGGCAUUGAGACGGUGUACAGUGAAAUCCGGAAAGCCGACCCUGAUUUCGUGGAAAACAGAUAUUCUGGUGACGACAGCCACACUCGAGCCUACGGGACCACAGAAGACAGACCUGGCUAGUGGCCCCUUCACCAAGGAGGAGUCGUUUGGACAGGCCAUGGAGAGUGAAUCAAAUUCCAGCAGCCUCGAGGUAGGACAGCAGGAGCAAAAGGAUGAGGACUGAUGGCAGUUUCAAGCAGCUUAGAACAGGAGGAUAAGAGUGACAGCGAGGAGUGAUAGCAGAAAGAUAAGUCAGGCCUUAAAUGUGAAAGACUCGAAUGCCUCGCCUUUUUUAGAGGUUUCAUUCUGCAGGAAAUAGCGGAUUUAGGAAGUAGCUAUUUGGCAGAUGGCAGGGUUUAAGAAAGAUACAGAGGGCCAAGUUCAACCUUUGUGGAGACCCAUCUCCCACUGUCUUCUUAACUCCCAACCUUUGUGUGAGCCACCCAGCAAUGCAGGAGUUAACUGGGCGGCUAAUGUCUUGAGAAAUGAGGACUUUGCCUUGUAAAUGCCUUCUUGAAAGUCUGGGAAGAACUUUCAGCAAGAUUUCUGGUAGCCUUCCCGUGGGCCCCAGCCUCCUUUGUUUUGCCCACUGCUGAGUUCUUGUA